UCCCCCAAGAAACCCUCUUUAACACUCAUCUUUCCUUUUUCUUGCAUUGAGGUAGUUAAAGCCUAGGAACAACAUGGGGAACUACGUUUCUUGCGCUUUAUCAACCCCAUCGGGCGGCAGCACCAGAUCAUCAAAAACAACCAAAGUGAUUCUACCGACCGGCGAAAUCAGGCGAUUCGACGAACCCAUCAAAGCGGCUGAGCUAAUGCUCGAAACUCCAAACUUGUUCGUCGUAAACUCUAAGUCACUCAAGCUCGGCCGUAGAUUCUCUCCUCUCAACGCAGACCAAGAUUUGGAGCCGGCCAAUAUAUACGUCAUGUUUCCCAUGAAGAGAGUGAACUCCGCGGUCACCGCGGCUGACAUGGGAGCCUUGCUUAUUGCCGCGAAUUCGGCAUCCAAAAAGGGUUUCGGCGGGAAGGUAAAGGUCUUGCCGGAAACUGAUGAAGAGGAGAUUGAGGAGGAAAGGUCAAUGCAGGCGAAGCUUAACUUGGAUGAUAUCGAAGAGUUUUCAUCUCCGGAGUUCAUGCAUAGGCUGUCCAUGACAAGGUCCAAGAAACCAUUGCUAGAAACCAUAGCCGAGGAGCCUAAUCGUGCCAGAUGAGGUGGUCGAAUUCUAAAACCAUCAAAAUUGUAGUGAUCAUAUGAGGGAUUUACGUGGAGAAUGCUACCUAUUAAGUUUCGAUUUGUGCUAUCAUUUGCAAGUUGUUGGCUU